AUGAGUAAAGAAGAAUUAAUUUAUAAUGAAUUCAAUAAAUAUUCUAUAUAUAAUACAAAAAAUUAUAUAAGAGGACCAGAGAAUCAAACUGUAUUAUAUAAUACAAAUACUAUUAUGCAUUGUAGAAUAUACCAUCAUCAUCAUCAUUAUUAUAAUCAAACAAAAUUAAAAUUAUUUUAUAAAGAAUCUAUAAAUGUUCAAUGGAUUAUUGAUGGAUUUGGUGUAAAUAAUGAAAGUUUAAAAGCUGUACAUGGUGAUCGUUAUUCAAUGCCUGGACCAAUUGAAGAAGGAAAUUUUGAUUUAUUAAUUAAAAAUACUCAACUUGAAGAUGAAGCCAGUUUUAUUUGUCAAGCUAAUGUGAAAAUAUAUUCCACUUCAGGCAUUGAACCACAAUUGGAUACAAUCACUAGUAAACCAGCUUAUCUAACAAUUAUAUUUCCUCCUUCAGGUUUAACUUUAAUUCAUUUACAAGAUAGUCAGAUUGAAAAGAAUCAUCAAAUACCAAUCACUAUUAAUUCCAUGUAUAUACUACCUAAUACUCAUUACUCUAAUUAUAUAAAUGAUCAUAAUAUAAACCAUCAUGUAUAUACAACAAAAGAAUUAAAUCAAAUUAAUGAUAAAGAUCUUAGUCAUAUUGUUGCUGAUGAUCCUAAAACUGAAUUUUUUAUGGAUUACAAUAAAAAUUAUAUAGAUCAUAUUAAACAGUCAUCAGAUACACAAUAUACAUUACAGAAUAAACCAUUGAAAGAAAUGUUAGUUACUUAUGGUUCUUCAAGUAAUAUAUAUAAUAAAAGUCCUAAAAUAUGGAUAAUAGAAAAGAAAACAUUGAUUAUAUCUUGUCAUACAUCACCAUCAAAACCUGCUACUACAAUUCAAUGGCAUUUAGCUGGUUUAUUAUUGAUUAAGAAUUUAAAUAAAUCACAAUCAUUUUCUAAUCAUCAAAAUUCAUUUAUUGAUUAUACAAUCAAUGAAAAAAUUAUGAAUAUUUCAGACAAAUCAAUAUUUUUAAGUAAAACUAAUUCAAUAUUGUUCCCUAAUACAUCAGUAACAAGUUUAAUUGAUGAUGUACACAUGCAAGUAACUGAAAGUCAAUUGACUUUAACAGUUGAAAGAAAAUAUCAACAUUGGCAAUUGGAAUGUAGCGUUAGUAAUUCAGAAGAUUUUGUUCCAGCAAAAUUACCAACUGUCACAGUUACAAUUGAACCAAUGUACAUAGAAAAUGUUAAAAUACAAAUUAUUAACCAAACAGAACAAGCAAAUCUACGAGAAGGUCAAUUAGUCCAUUUUGAAUGUAUAGCAAAAACAAAUCCUUUAACACCAAUAUACAGUUGGACAAUUGGAAAUCCAAUUCCUUCUCUUCACUUGGAUACAUUGAAUUUAUUAACAGAUAGUCAAUUGGAGUCAAGUAAUAACAUUGAAGAUGAUAAACAUGAACAUCAUUUAAUCAAUAUUCAAAUGAAUGCAAGUAGAUUACAAUUAACAAUGAAUAGAGCUAUGCAUCAUAAACGUAUUCGAUGUUGGGUUGGUGUUGAAGCACCGGAAUUAUUAGAGAAAAUUACAAAUGCUUCUUUACAAGGUGUAUUAUUUAAUAAAGAUUCAACAUGUGAAUCAAAUUGUCGACAAUUAAGAAAUGUAUUAAGAAACAAAUUAAAAGAUCUAGUCUGGUCAAAGAGUGAAUAUCGUUUAGAAGUUACUUACGGUCCUGAAUUUUCAAGUCCUUCAAAUGAUAUAUUAUCCGGUGAAUUAGGUCAAACUAUUAAUUUAGAAUGUUCAGCUAAUUCAAAUCCUGAAGCUGAUGUCUCUUUAUAUUAUAUUGGACCAGAAGGACAAAUUCUUUUAGAAGAAGUAACUAAAUCGGAAUUAAAUCAAUAUCAACUACAUUAUAAUCGUCCAGUAAAUUUUAAAAAUCCAAAAUAUCUUAUUUGGAAUAGUGAAACAGAAUAUGCAGAAUUUAAUAUGAGUAUUAUGAAAGCAGCUAUUCAUUCAAUUGGUAGAAAGCUAUUAGGUUCACAAUUAAAACAAGUUUCAUAUAAAUUACAUUUAACAAAUCAUGAACAAUUUGGUUUUUAUGCAUGUAUUGCUCAAACAACCGGUUAUCCACCCAUAUAUCGUACAGUUUAUGUAGGACAAGCUGAAUCACCGAAAAUUUUAAAAACUGAUCAAUCGAUUUCUUUCGAUGGAACAUUUGCUGAAUUAUUUUGUACAAUCUAUAGUAUUCCUAGACCUACUGUACAUCAAAUUACAUGGUCAAUAAAUGGGAUCUCUAUCAAACCGGACAAAAGAUUAAAAAUUUAUCAAGAGAAAACACAUCGUGGUGUAACUAGUAUAUUAACAUUAAAUAAUUUACGUCCAAAUGAUUUUACUACAUAUAAUUGUACAGUAAUCAAUGAUUACGGAAGUGAUUGGAAAUUAAUUACAUUAUCAUCUAACAACAAAUGGCCAUUAACAUUUGCUGUUGUUAGUGGUAUUGCUGCAUUAUUGGGUAUUUUAUUUGUUACAAUUAUAUGCUGUUUCAUUAGAUAUACUCGAUUAAAACGUAGUAACUCAAAUGGUUAUUUCAAAUCUAAACAAGAACAUCAUUUACAAAAUAAUGAAGAGAAUAAACAAAAUAGGGACGGUGUAGAACUACAAUCAAUCCUAAAUCAUAAACUAAUCCAAUCUGGUCUGUCUAACUCAAACCCUGUUGAAAAUGUCUCUUUAACAAAUAAUGAGUGUUAUCCUAUUCAAAAUAUGUACAAAUCGAAUAUGGAUGAAACAGACAUUAGAAAGUGUACAAGUCAUGAUUUAAGUUCUAUCAAUUUGCAUACAAAUGAAAUUGAUUUAUCUACAAAUUUUAUAGAAGAAAAUUAUUUAAAUUAUAUUUCUUGUACAUAUCCACAAGAUACUACUUCAUUAUUGAAUAAUAUUCAUUCAAUCAAUGAUCAUGUAUCAACACAAUGUACCAAUAAAUUAUCGAUUAAUUAUAAUCAAUUACCAUAUUGUUCCAAUCAAUUAAUUGAUAAUCAAUUUAAUACAAUUAUCAGUAAUAUAUCACCAUCUCAUAAUACCUCUGAAUGUUUUAUAAAUGAUACUAUGCCUAAUUUUAAACAACCAGAUAUUACUUCAUUAAUCUAUACUAGUUCUUCUAAACCAUGGAUACAAAAUACAAAUGAAUUGAAAAAUACCAUAUCACCACCACCACCACCACCACCAGUACCACUAUCACCACAAUUAUCAUUCACUUCUUUAACAAAUAAUUCUUCAUCAUUAGCUCCUAUAUUUUUAAUGACAUCAGAUUUAAAUUAUUCAACAGAUAUUCAUCAAAAUCAUCUUACUAAUUCAAAUGCAUCAACAGUAAUUAUACCACCGGUUAUUUUACAUUCAACAAAUGAUCAAACUUUUAUGAAUAAUCCAUACAGUCCAAUGACAAUCAAUAAUGAUAAUAAUAAUAGUAAUAGUGCAAAUACCUCAAUUCUUUACAAUACUAUUAAUAGUAAUAAUCAUAAUAAUGUUAGGAAUCCUAUUCCAGAUAUUUCUAUUAUCCCUUUUCAUAUGAAUAAUUGUCAAACAGGAUAAUAAUAAUAAUAAUAAUAAU